AUGUGUUGGUUUCUUGUAAUUGUGUUUCUCAGUCUCUCAUAUGGAAGUGUUUCAGAGGCAAAUGACAACAAGCUUUCUUCUGCUGUUGUGGUUGGCACUGUCUACUGUGACACAUGUUCUCAACAGGAUUUCUCCACCAGAAACCCUUUUAUUUCAGGUGCCUCAGUAGGUGUAGAAUGCAGAGUUGGGAAUUCAAUACCAGGUUUCAAGAAAGAAGUGAAGACAGAUGAAGACGGUGAAUUCAAAGUGAAGCUACCAUUCAAAGUGUGGAAACAUGCAAAGAGAGUCAAGGGAUGCACUUUCAAACUGAUAAGUAGCAGUGUGCUUCAUUGUGCUGUGCCCUCAGUUUCCACCUCUUCUUCAGUGAGUCUCAAGGCAAGGAAGCCAGGAGAACACAUCUUCUCAGCUGGCUUGUUCUCAUUCCAGCCUACUAAAAAGCCAGACUUUUGUAACCAUAAACAGAGUGCUCCAAACUCCAAGGAUCAUCAUGAUCAUGUGAAAAGUGAAUUUCCUCCAAAUCCAACUGAAAGUUCAUACAAAUCUCAAUCAGAUAAAAGUUCAACUAAAUCUACUACCCUUUUACCUCCCAUCCCAUUUUUACCUCCAGUCCCAUUUUUACCUCCCAUCCCAUUUUUACCACCAAUCCCAUUUCUACCACCAAUUCCAUUCCUUCCCCCAAACCCAUUUGUACCACCGAGCCCUCACUCACGUUCCUAA